GGGCGUCCUUGUAGUUCCGACGCCAAAGCUGGUCAUUUCCGGCCACUACAGUCGAGCUCACGUUCUCUCUCGACACUCAUCAUCCUCAGUGUUCCGCACCCUCAGCGUGCUUUUUUUUACUGGGACGAACGUUAGAAGACACCAGAUGUCUUUUGUCGCUCGGUUACUCCAGCCAGCGCCAGCGAGCCGACGAGCUUAUUCGUCUUUUUUCUCCUCCAAGUCUGGUGGAGGCGGGCGUUACUUCAACUCAGCCAAACCUCCAAAGCCAGCGGUUACCGCUGGAAAGGGGAAGGUUGAGAACACAAACUCGAGUGUAGCAGCCAGCGAAAGUGCCAACGGUGGUGGCAAUGGGAGCAACAAUAAGAUAAAGGUUGGAGGUGCUGAGGAAAACUCUUCAGCUCAGGCUCCUCCAGCUCCAAACCCUAUCGAUGCUGCCUCGCCUUCGUCUCGCUUGGGAUCAGGCAAUCCAUCUCCAGUGCCAUCUUCGCCAGCAUUUUCAGCCCAGCAUUCUCUUCCCAUCCACCCGACGAUAGCUUCCCAGGAUUACAAACUACAUCAAUUCUUCUCUUUGCAUCGACCUCUUCUGCUUCUUGCGCAGCCCACGUCGGCCAUUUUCGAGUCCCCCCCUUUCCCGCCGUCCGCUUUCACAUUCAACGCGGAAGCGAAGGAAAAUAUAGAGAAAGCACCGUCUCCACCACUUCAAUUCAGGACCCUAGAUGAUCCUCCAGAGGCUUCUUUCGAAUCUGAUGCUGAUACCGCUCGGCAGCUCGCUCACACACUCGUGAUGAAUCGCGUGGGCGGCACCAUCUCCUGGCAGGACGCUUUGUCAAGGCUCGGUUUGGACAAGGAUGUCCCUGUGGAAAGGGCUGCGUUGGCUAAGGAAUGGGCAAAGGAGUGGGAGACUGUGUAUGCGGAUAGCACCAAACGCAAGAGAAGACGAAAGAUGAAGAAGCAUAAGUUGAAGAAACGACGAAGAUUUGCGAUCUCAGCGGCUCCAGGGUUGAUUGUAGUUACCUUAGGCUGCGUCAGAAUCUCAUUAAU